UACUUUAAUAUCGCUACGUUCUACAUAUUAUAUUCUGCCUUUGGAUUAUUAAGAAAUAAGUAAUAACUAUGCAGUUGAAGUAUUUGAUAAGAUGGACGACUCUCACAACACUUUUUGUUCUAGUUGCAAGUAGCAAUGAUGUACCAAAAGUUGAGCCAUUUAACUUUCAAAGAAGAUAUCCUGUUGGCCAUAAGGCUAUAGCAACUUGCACAAGUUUAUCGCCAAAAUCUUUAUCGUUUACGUGGCUAAAAAACGGGAAAGAAUUGACACAGUCUUCAGAAAUUCGAAUAAAAAAUGAUAAAGAUUAUUCUCUUAUAAUAAUUGAUCCUAUAGAAGUUCACAGUCAAGGAAAUUAUACCUGUGUUGUUAGCAAUGAUUUUGGUAAAGAUAGUUUUACAGCUGAGUUACUAGUAGAAGGUAAAUGAUAUUACAUAUUUAAUAUUCAUAUUACUAUGAUAAUUUAUUAAAAUAUACUUUAUCAUAUUUAAUUUUUUAAA